AUGCUUGAGAGCAUAAAGAUAGAGCCGAAGAUGAACUACAGAAAGAUAGUGGGUGUGAACGGGCCUCUUGUCAUAAUGGAUAACAUAAGGUUUCUGAAGUAUGCGGAGAUAGUUAGCCUAACACUGCCUGACGGGAGCAUCAGGCAGGGGCAGGUUCUAGAGGUGUGUGGGAAGAAGGCAGUGGUCCAAGUGUUUGAGGGGACGUCUGGGAUAGAUGUCAAGGAAACACAGGUCACGUUUACUGGGGAGACCUUGAAAAUGGGGAUGUCUGAAGAUAUUCUCGGGAGGAUAUUCAAUGGAAGUGGGAAGGUGAUUGACGGAGGGCCAAACAUUAUUGCGGAGGACUACCUGGACAUUCAGGGGCAGCCCUUGAACCCCUAUGCUAGGAUAUAUCCCGAGGAGAUGAUCCAGACAGGAAUAUCAUCGAUUGACAUAAUGAACUCGAUUGCACGAGGGCAGAAGAUCCCUAUAUUCAGUGCGUCUGGGCUGCCACACAAUGAGAUAGCAGCACAGAUCUGCAGGCAGGCAGGGCUUGUGAAGAGGAAGGACUCGAUAGACAGCAGCGACGACAACUUUGCAAUAGUAUUUGCAGCAAUGGGAGUGAAUGUGGAGACAGCGAAUUUCUUCAAAAACAGCUUCGAGGCAUCGGGAUCGAUAGGAAGGACUGCAUUGUUUCUUAACCUGGCAAACGACCCGACCAUCGAAAGGAUAAUUACGCCACGGCUUGCUCUAACGGCAGCAGAGUACCUUGCAUACGAAAAGGAGAAGCACGUGCUUGUGAUUAUGACGGACAUGAGUUCCUAUGCAGAUGCACUGAGAGAGGUGAGUGCGGCUCGAGAAGAGGUUCCGGGGAGGAGAGGAUAUCCUGGAUACAUGUACACAGACCUUAGUACUAUAUACGAAAGGGCUGGAAGGCUUGAAGGAAGAAACGGGUCUAUAACCCAGAUCCCGAUUCUCACGAUGCCAAACGAUGACAUAACACACCCGAUUCCGGAUCUUACGGGAUACAUUACCGAGGGGCAGAUAUAUGUUGAUAGACAGAUGCAUAACAGGCAAAUAUAUCCUCCAAUCAAUGUACUUCCGUCUCUUUCCAGGCUGAUGAAAAGCGCCAUUGGAGAGGGGAUGACAAGGAAGGACCACGGAGAUGUGUCGAACCAACUCUAUGCAAAGUAUGCGAUUGGCAAGGAUGCCCAAGCAAUGAAGGCUGUUGUCGGGGAGGAUUCGCUCUCUCCCGAGGACAAGAUCUCUAUAGAGUUUCUAGAGAGGUUUGAAAGAGAGUUUAUAAGCCAAAGGCAUGAUGAGCUGAGGACUGUGAGCCAGUCGUUAGACAUUGCAUGGGAUCUCCUUAAGAUUUUCCCCAGAGAGAUGCUCAACAGGAUUCCGUCUGACAUACUGGAUGAGUUCCACUCUACAACACCCACCAGGGCCGAGUAG